UUGUUAGUGGUGACGCUGAAAAAUAUUUUUGUUGCUGCUGGAAGACGAGAAGCCAGAGUUGGGAGGAUAAUGGAGGUCGCAUGAGCGAGAAUCCGUGUACACUAUUGCGAUUUCGAUCGUUUUAUACUCAUAAUUGAUACGAUAAGUAAAAUCUGCGCAAUUCUCCAUCGAUGAUGUCGGUGAAUAUGGACGAACUCAGGCACCAGGUGAUGAUAAACCAGUUUGUUUUGACUGUUGGCUGCGCCGCCGACCAGGCGAAGCAGCUCCUCCAGGCGGCUCACUGGCAGUUUGAGACCGCUUUAAGCUCCUUUUUCCAAGAAGCCAGCGUCCCUAGCCACCACCACCACCACCACCACCAGAUGAUGUGCACACCACGCAACACUCCUGCCACACCCCCCAACUUCCCAGAUGCCAUCACGAUGUUCUCUAAACUGCGGGCCUCUGAGUGCUCUGGCAGCAGCACUGGUGGUCCUGGUUCUGCCAACUGUCCCGUAGCCUGCUCUCCGCCACCUCCUUCUGCUUGUGCCUCCUUCUGGGCAUCCUCCCCACCAAGCCAGCAGCCUGUCUGGCUGCCUCCCUCAUCACCCACAAGCCACCCCCUGCACCACCACCUCCUGCACCAGACCCCCACGUGGCCCCCUGUGUCUCAGCCGGGCACGACUCAGCAGACGCCCGUCAUGUCCGCGCUGCACAGCCAGAGAUGAGGCUUAAUGGCUGCCUGAAUUCGUGCAGGGGCAGGGUUCAGAUGGCCAGUGGGGACAGUGGGGGACAACAGAGACCUGUAGUGCUUUUCCCUUUUUUUUUUCUAAUAAUUCACAGCAGUCUUUUGAAGAUUUUUGUCAGUUUUUCUUAUAAAAUUUAGGUGCAAAUAUCCAAAUGUGAGGAAAGACCACUACUUUUUCCCUUCCCAACUCAUCAAUUGAGUGCAGGGUUUACCAAAUGCAGUCAUAGCACCUGACCACCAGAAUACUGGCUGGCAAAGACCACUUUGGGACGACAGAUACAUGGCAUCGAAAAGCCACUCAUUAAGCACUGGAAAUGUGACUCCACAGCUCAUCUGUGUCUGCCUGACAGGAAACUCCUAGAGCCCAAGUCCUAAAGUCUGGCCACUUGCCAACGUAUUUCCACCCAGCAUUCAAACGACGGGUGCCAUGUAGAACCCAUGGAAGCUGCUGGAAUGGUCUUUCUGCUUGCAGGGUUUUGGAAACGGAUUGUGUAGGUCUGGGAAGGUUUGCUGCUGGAAUCAUGCACACAGUGGUGACUCGUGGUUUUGGUUGUGAGGUUCGUAAAGAAAAAGCUUUUGUUUGGCUUAAUAAGGAAAGCUGUGGAGUAGAAACUUACCUUUAUUUUUCUGGCAAAAAUGCCUGUUUAGGUUCCAUGAAAAGAGAUGUGGAAUUUUUUUUUCAAUGCAAGAUCUAGACUUGACCAAUUUGGAGGGUCACACUUGAACUUUUCGAGACUUUGUGGCGAUGCCUGUACCUCUGCCUGACAUCCUAAAGUUGGAACGUUUUUGAUUUCUGUGCAAACACAUUUGGUUUAACCAUUGUGAUUGGGGGAAAAAUGUCAGACAAAUGUAACCUUACCUGUGUGCAGUCCAAAAGGAAGCAAUAGAUUUAUACUGUAGAGCUGAAGUCUGCUUUUUUGGUUGUUUAUGGAAACAGGAUCUCAUGGCACAGAUUUGCAAAUAUUUUGAGAAGGGGAGUACACCUUAUUAUAAUUAAGUGGAGGUUGAACCGGUUCAAGUCGGUAGAUGUUUGUCAGAAUGCCUCACAAGUUUAAUCCUGCAGUUAAGAGAAAACUCAUCUGCAUCAUCUACCUCUGCUUGGUAGCAUUUCAUACAGUGUGAAUGUAUUGGUGGGGGCGGACACUAAGCAAGGGGUAUGACUGCUCUUCCCCCCAGCUCAGUUGGAUGGCCCACUGGUCCUUCUGGCCAGGUGGUCAAUGGACGUUCACGCAACUCGGCAUAACUGUAGCCUAUGCACUGACUGAGAGUUUCAGAGAAAAGUUUGUAGUACUUACUAAUAAUUAAUCUUCUGUUGGAUUGAAUCGGGGCUUAAGUGGAUUUUGUACGUGAAAGAACGUCCCAUUACUCUUGAGGAAAUAUGACGUCAAUAAGAGAUGCUUAUAGAUGGUUCUGCACCCAAAAAAGAAAACUUUUCUUUUUUCACAAAACAAUUUAAUUUCAUUGACUCUAGCAGUGAGUUGUGGGUUUUAAGUUUUCAGCUCAAAAGAAACACAAGUCUCAAUUUAGCCAAGCCUUUUUAUUGUCUGAAGAUCCUUUUAUAAUAGUUGAAUAAAAUAAUUUGGGAGAGAUCAUAGGGUGGGGGGGGCUGAUGACACAUUACAUAACAAGUCUAUCUUAGGAAACCUUGUUUUGACACCAUAAGACAGCAGCGGCUUGCUGUGGUUUUUCCAUUGCUGGUUGGAGCCUGACCUCAGGUUUCUUCAGGCAUCAAUAUGCGCACACAAAACAACACAGCUAAUGUCGAUCUGUUGUCUUUUCUCUAACAAUUAAAGUUUAUAACUAUUAAAUACAGUAUCCUUGCAUUACACAGAAUGUCACCUGCCCCACAAGGGUCUUUUUUUUUCCCCCCAUUUGUACUAUGAAAUGAUCCUUUUGUUUGUCGUUUGUGUUCAGACACAUAUUUUGGCAUGUUCGGAUCUCAGUGGGCCGUGAAGUCAUGUGAGCAGCUGCCACACACACCCACACACCAAAGUUCUGGUCUACCACCUCAAAGCCUCCUAUACUAAGCCAUCAUACAAUCUCUGGGACAUCCAUUACACAGGGACAGUAAUAUAAUGUAAAUAAUGAACCAUGUAAAGUACAUGUAUGUAUUGGACGUUUGGUCCAAACAGGAUACUACACAUUCAUUGAGGAUUGCAACGAUCAUUUCUUGAUGUGCUGUCUUGAAAGGGGUAAAUAAUUCUUGUGUGAUGUUUGGGCGACUUGCCUUGACUUUCUUUAAAUUGAGAAGUUUGGAUGAAAGCAGCCUUUGGGAACUGCUGGAACAAACUCAUUUUCUCAUUUGAAAUUUCACUUGGCAUGUUGAUUCUUUUGAAAUGCUGGGUAUCUGUGCAGACAUCUCAAGUGAUUUAGUUCAAGCCUUUAUACAUGUAGAACAAUGUUAAAAGAGAGAGAGGCAAAUUUAAACCUACUGUGAUAUUUCAUAAAAAACAAAACCCCACUGUCUCAGAAGUCUGGAAGGUAUCUAAUAGUCUUUUUUGUAAUUAACGUGCAAGUCUAAAUACUGAGAGUGGAAAGAUGUGGACAGGUCUAGUUUUUUUUUUUCUUUCUUUUUAAAAUUCAUUUUUGACAGAUGUUGUUAUAGGAAGUACAUUCUAUGCAGCUUGAAGCCAGAAACCUUUUCAACAGAAAGGGAAUAUUUCAUCUUGCUCUGUAUUUUAGCUCCAUAUUAAGUUUCUUGUACAACUUGGCAUGACUUUAAAUCUGCCUCUGCCUCUGGUGUGUUAGUGUGGCACAUGACUAGGAAGCAUGUUUUGCUGAAAUAUUUCCUAAAAUUGCCUUGAAUGCUUUCCUUUUCACUGAAUAAAUUUUCUGUAGGUUUUGGUUCAAAUAUAAACACUCAGAGUUUAAGGUAGCUAAAAACCAGCAUAUCAAAAUGUAUUUCCGAGUUGUUUAAUAUUUUGCUACUCACAGAAAUGCCAGCACAGUAAUUAGAGUAACUUGUAGAUCAUAUUCACACUGAUCACUCCACAGUGACCACUUUUUCCUAUGGGCUUUUGGAGAUCCCAGAUUUAAAUGUUUCAACAGAUACCUCUCCCAAUCCCCCUACCACUUGAGACUGUUUGUCAGUUUGAUUUAAAAUCGUAAUAGUUGAAAGCAAUAAUGUAGAACCACUAAUCUUUUU